CUGGAUUCUCGUGUUGCCAGUGAUUUACUAGGGAAUUUUUUUGUGAUUUAAGGUUAUAAAAAAUGUCAAAAACUACAACUUUAUUUAAAUUUAUCUAAGAAUAAUGGAUAGUUCAGGUGGUUCAGAUCGUGGUUCUGACGUUGACGCAAUUCCUACAAAAAAAACCUUUAAAUGCACACAUCCAGGCUGUAAUGCCUCCUUUUCAAAAAUCAGAAAGUUAGUUAUCCACUCUCGUAGACACACCGGCGAGCGCCCUUACAUUUGUGAUGAACCAGGAUGUAAUAAAACCUACACGAACAGUUCACAUUUGGUAAGGCACAAGAAAACCAGCCAUGGCCCUAAGGAAUCACAGACGCUGGUUUGUGAAGUCCCCGGUUGUGGCCUCGUGUUAGCUAAUAAAUACUCAUUAAAAAAGCAUUGUGCCCGAAAGCAUAAUUCCGAACUGUAUCGGUUUAAAUGUGGGGAGUGUAAUCAAGGGUUUCAUCGAAAAAAACUGUUGCAACAGCAUGCAUACAUACACACUGGUGAAGCCAACUUCAGUUGUGACAAGUGUGAUUUGAAAUUCACAACGGGAUACAAUCUCAGUAAACAUAAGAGAUCUCAUCGUAUUUAUACUUGCGAUUGUAAAGAGGAAUUCCAUAGAUGGUCUUUACUUUUAGCACACAAGAAAACAUGUGAAAAUGGGAACCAGUUCAGGUGCGACGUCUGCAGUAGGACUUUUAACCGUAAAAACAAUUUUGAUCAACAUAAAACUAUUCAUAAGGCGCAAAAUGAAAAACUUGUCUUUCCGUGCACUUUCCCCGAUUGUAAAAGAUUCUAUUUCCAUAAGCGUAACUUAACACAUCACAUUAAUGUCUUUCAUGAGAAAAAAAAUGCAGAUGUUCGCUACAACUGUACUUAUCCCAACUGCCAACUCGUUUUAAAAACUAAAAAAUGUCUGAAAGUGCAUCUCCAAACACAUUUCAAGUGGAAGGUGAAAAAGGAACGACAGACCAGACGUGAUAAAGGAAAACCAAAGAAAUCAAUGGUUUCUGUGUUGUUAGGUCAGGAAUUUCAACAAAACAAAGAGAAUGAAAACCAGACACCGUGUACUGAUGAAAUUUUGGGGGAGGAAUUACAAGAAAACAAAGGCAAUGAAGACGAGAUGCAUUGCCCUGAUGAACUAACUGAUGACUGUUUAUUGGAAAAGUGUAAUGUCACAUUAGAGGAGUUUAAUAAAAAAUUAAUUGCGUCAAGAUAAUUACACCAAAUAAAGCAUUUGAAACAGAA